GCGCCCCAGGCGCCCAAGGCGCCCCCCGCAUCAUGGGCGUGCCACGCUGCGUCUCCCGCGGAAGCCGGAGUCGGCGUGGCCUUCGAGAAGGCCCCGAAUACCCAGAGCGACCAGAAAGGUCAUGACGCCCCGCGCUACGACGGCGAGGCCUUCGACACGAUAGUGCUGUAG